AUGGCAACAUCAGCAAUGGGGAAACGCCUCGCAGGCAAAACCAUCCUCAUCACCGGUGCAUCGUCAGGAAUCGGACGCAGCACCGCGUUUGAGUUCGCGCGCACAUCGCCUGAAGACCUCAAACUCAUCUUAACGGCGCGACGGAUCGACCAGCUCAAAACCAUCGCAGCAGAGAUUGAAAAGGAAGUCGGCCGUGGCGUCAAGGUACUCCCUGUGCAACUCGACGUCAGCAAGGGUAGUGAAGUCGCGAGCUUCGUCGACAUGCUACCCGCCGAGUUUCGACAGAUCGAUAUCCUUGUUAACAAUGCAGGUCUCGUCAAAGGCAUAGCCAGAGCCCCCGAGAUCGCAGAAGACGACAUGAACAUCAUGUUCGCGACCAACGUCACCGGCUUGAUCAAUAUGACCCAGGCCGUCUUGUCGAUAAUGUUGGCUCGUGGAGAGAGCGGCGCAGGCGACAUCAUCAACAUCGGCAGUAUCGCUGGACGCGAACCAUACGUCGGGGGAAGCAUCUACUGUGCCACGAAAGCCGCCAUCAGAACAUUUACCGAGUCUUUGCGAAAGGAGUUGAUUGCGACCAGAAUCAGAGUCAUUGAAGUUGAUCCAGGACAGGUUGAGACGGAGUUCUCAGUCGUUCGAUUCUACGGCGACAAGUCCAAGGCUGAUGCCGUCUAUGCUGGCUGUGAGCCUUUGACACCCGACGACAUAGCGGAAGUAGUUGUCUUUACAGCUGGUCGCCGUGAGAAUGUUGUUAUUGCGGACACAUUGAUCUUCCCCAACCAUCAGAAGGAAGCCCAUCUGACACAGACACGCACAGGCUUCAGCAACGAUCAUGCAUCGCAAGUCAUAGACGAACGGGGGCUUGAUGGCAUGAAAGAAAUGUUAAAAGUCGAAUCUCACAGGAUUAAGUAG